AUGCAUUUAUCUACUUUAGUUGCUGCAGCUACUGCUUUAUUAUCUGCUACUCAAGUUGCUGCUAUUGGUGAAUUAGCUUUUAACUUGGGUGUUAAAAACAAUGAUGGUACUUGUAAGUCUGUUUCUCAAUUUGAAAGCGAUUUAGAAGUUUUAAAAGGUUACACCGAUACUAUCAAAGUAUACGCUGCUUCUGAUUGUAACACUCUACAAAACUUGGGUCCAGCUGCUGAAGCUGAAGGUUUUAAAUUAUUCGUUGGUGUUUGGCCAAACGAUGAUGCUCAUUUUGCUGCUGAAAAAGCUGCUUUACAAACUUACUUACCAACUUUAAAGGAAUCUACAGUUGCUGGUUUCAUUGUCGGUUCUGAAGCUUUGUACCGUAAGGAUUUGACCCCAUCUGAAUUAGCUUCUAGAAUCAACGAAAUCCGUGAUUUAGUUAAAAAUAUUAAUGAUUCUCAAGGUAAUUCUUACUCCAGCAAACAAGUCGGUACUGUCGAUUCUUGGAACGUUUUAGUUGAUGGUUACAGUACUCCAGCCAUCACUGCUAGUGAUUUCGUUAUGGCUAACGCUUUCUCAUACUGGCAAGGUCAAACCAUGCAAAACUCUUCUUACUCAUUCUUCGAUGAUAUUAUGCAAGCUUUGCAAGUUAUUCAAACCGCUAAGGGUUCUACUGACAUUACUUUCUGGGUUGGUGAAACUGGUUGGCCAACCGACGGUACUAACUUUGAAAGUGCUUACCCAUCUUUGACCAAUGCUGCUCAAUUCUGGCAAGAAGGUAUCUGUGCUAUGAGAGGUUGGGGUGUUAAUGUCAUUGUUUUUGAAGCUUUCGAUGAAGACUGGAAGCCAGACACUUCUGGUACUUCUGACGUUGAAAAGCACUGGGGUGUUUGGACUUCUGGUGACAAGUUGAAAUUUUCAUUAUCCUGUGAUUUCUCAGGUUCUAAAUAA